GUCGAAUAUCGGGUAGUAGCAUGACUAUUCCAGAUAAAUUUGAAUCACAAGAUCUUCUUCAAUUUUAUAAUUUAAGAAAUAUUAUCAACCAGGGAGAAGUCUUUGGUUAUGAAUCAUUUCCUAUAAAAAAUCUAUGCAAACCAUUACAAGAAGCUAACCAACAACCCAUUCAAGAGGAUAUUCAAAAACCUGUUCAAGUGGCUAUCCAAGAACCCAUUCAAAAGAAUAGAGACUAUAUUAGCCAGGAGAAGGCAGACAAAUGGGUUAACCCAAAUGUCCGAAAAUCUGAAAAUUUGGAUGACUGUUUGACCCUUUAUCAUGAUCUUAAACAAUACGAUUUAGAAGCAGUUAGACUAUCAACAAAAGAGAAAUUAGAAAACAGACCAGAGGCUGGUCCAGGACCUAGAACGCAAGUAUUUAGAAAUGAUAACAAAUCUAAGAAUUUAAUUAACAAAGAAUUUGAGCGCUUAGAUGAAAUUAAGAAGUAUAAAAGAUUAAAAAAAAAUUUAGAAUUUAGGGAGCAAGAAGAAUUGGGAAUAGCACUUAAAAGAAGAGCUAUAGCCAUACAUCGUGCAAAAGAAUUCGAUAAGUGUGGACAAUUUAAGUUUGCUCUAUGUUCUCUUACCAAAUUUCUUAUAGAUGAUAAACCUGGAAAUAAAAAACAGGGAAAAAAGAAUUCACGAACUGACUGGCUUAGAAAUACGCAAAUUAUUUUUUAUAAUAGAAAUGAAAUAGAUGAUUACUUAAGCAGUGCUUUCAAACAGAUCCUAUACCAA